ACCGCAGUCCCCCCCCCCCACCGGCCCCAAAGACUUGGCCCCUUCACAAUCACAUUCCCUUUUUUUAAUUACUAAACGCACAGAAAGCUCGAUGCGGAGGACAGGAGGUUACGCGGAUAAUUUCUUCGGAGAAAAAGAGGACAACGACGCUGUUUUGGAGAUGUUUGGAGUUGGCUCGACUAGAGCAGAUGUCAGCGAAGAUGUUGGUCCUGGGCGACAGGAGCCAGAGUCCCCCCACAUUAAGGAGGAAGUGGAGGAUGAAGAGCCCCCCUGCAUUCAAGUAAAGAAGGAGCCAGAGCCUCCUGUCAAUAAAAAAGAAGAUGAAGAGCACACUCACAUCAAAGAGGAGGAAAUGCAUCUCCACACCCUGGUGGAUGAAGGAAAGCCUCCCUACAUCAAAGGGGAGGAGGAGGAGCAAAAUAUCUGCAAGUGGCCACUGAAUGGUGACCCUUUGAAAAGUGAAGAUGAAGGACAAAGUGAAGCGAGUAGAGGGGCAGGCCCUCCAUGUAGCAGCUCAUAUCAACACGUGACAACAGAAGGUGAUGGAGGAUCACCAUCAGGCGGUGAUGACAUAACGCCACGUUCUACUGAGACUGGUGAUAAACCGUCUGAAGAUGAUAUGACAUGUGAAACUGAAAAACGGUGGCAAUGUUCUCAGUGCGGGAAUAUGUAUACUUAUGCGAAGAGCUUGAAGAGGCAUAUGAUUUGCCACACUGGUGAGAAACCUUUUUCCUGCUCAGUUUGUGGUCAAAGAUUCUCUCGGCAGCAUCACUUAAAAAUACACUCAAGAACCCACACUGGUGAGAAACCAUUUACCUGCUCGGUUUGUGGACAAAAAUUCUCACGGAACGGUACCUUAAAAACACACACCAGAACACACACUGAUGAGAAACCUUUUGCCUGCCCAAUUUGUGGCCAAAGAUUCUCUCGCAGGGGAACCUUAAUAACACACACAAGAACACACAGUGAUGAGAAACCUUUUUCGUGCUCAGUUUGUGGCCAACUAUUCUCUCAGAAGAAAAACUUAAAACGUCAUGCAAGUAAACACACUAAUGAGAAACCUAUUUUCUGCUUAGUUUGUGGUCAAAGAUUCUCACGGAAGGAAAGCCUAACAAUUCACACAAGAACCCACACAGGCGAGAAACCUUUUUCCUGCAUGGUUUGUGGUCAAAGAUUCUCUCAGAAGGGACACUUAAACAUCCACACAAGAACACACACUGGAGAGAAACCAAAGAUUCUCUCAGAAGGGAAGCUUAACAAUUAACAUUAGAACCCACACUGGUGAGAAACGUUUUUCUUGUGUAGUUUGUGGUCAGAGAUUUUCAGAGAAAGGAACCUUAAGAAAUCAUAUAAGAACCCACACU